UACUAAAGUACUUCACAUGGUCCAAGCUUUAAAAGCCCCCCCUGUCACGCCUAGCCCCAAACCCCGGUUGGUGCAAACAAGACCCGAGCUUCGUAAACGGUGUAGCAGCCUUGAAGCUUCCAAAGCUUCGUAGCCUCUCGCCCUGAUAUUCAGCCUCCCGCUUCCCAACUCCAACUUCCCAUUCCCCUCCACCGCAUAGACCAGUCAACACAACGACUCCGUAACCCAAUUUUCGACACAGCUUUCUAAUACAAUCCGUCAAGAUGUUUAUGUCAAGAUCUGAAUACGAUCGGGGUAUCAACACCUUCUCCCCCGAAGGCCGUCUCUUCCAAGUCGAAUAUUCUCUCGAAGCCAUCAAGCUCGGCUCCACCGCCAUCGGAGUCGCGACAUCAGAAGGCGUAGUCCUGGGCGUCGAAAAGCGCGUGACCUCGACUCUUCUAGAGACGUCGUCCGUGGAAAAGAUCGUCGAAAUCGACCGACACAUCGGGUGCGCGAUGUCGGGGCUGCAAGCCGACGCCCGCAGCAUGGUCGAGCACGCGCGCGUCGAGUGCCAGAGCCACAACUUCAACUACAACGAGGACCUGCGCGUCGAGAGCUGCACCCAGGCCAUCUGCGACCUGGCCCUGCGCUUCGGCGAGAGCGCUAAUGGCGAGGAGAGCAUCAUGAGCCGCCCCUUCGGCGUCGCCCUCCUCAUCGCCGGUUACGACGAGGACGGCCCCCAGCUCUACCACGCUGAGCCCAGCGGUACCUUUUACCGCUACGAUGCCAAGGCUAUUGGUUCGGGAAGCGAGGGCGCCCAGGCUGAGUUGCAGAAUGAGUAUCACAAGUCCCUCACGAUCACGGAUGCAGAAACGCUAGUCCUGAAGACCCUGAAGCAGGUGAUGGAGGAGAAGCUAGACUCCAAGAACGUGCAGCUGGCGAGCGUGACGAAAGAGCGGGGUUUCAGGAUAUACACGGACGAAGAGAUGGCCCAGGUCGUGGAGAGGCUGCCCGCAAAUUAAGCGAUCCUAACCCUAGGUGGGGAAAUUUUUAUACGGUUUCGCUGACGAGGAGUUUUUGGCAUCCCGGUAUGUAUGGUAGGCCGAAAAAAGCAUCGCGAUUAGACGUGUCUAUAGGGGCAGAAUAAGAGAUUCCGCCCUGCUACUGCUACCACUACUGCUACUACUGCUAUUGAGCCGAACCUGAUAUCAAGACUCU